GGUUUUUAUAUUUUUUUUGGUUAGGGGCGGUUUCUUCUUUCCACGAUAAUCAACGGUAAAUCGAUAAAAACUCGGCGCUCGUCUUCUACAUCGAUUAUAUAGUCUUGUGUUUACAAACUUGAAGAUCUUCAUUCCUAAAGGAUAUGCGUUUGACCGCCUUCGGUCAGAAAAUUAUUCACGUGAUUAAAGAAAUGAUGUACCGUUACGUAUUGGGUGGAGUUAAAUUCGUUCCAAAUCUGUAAAAUCUUGAAAACUUUGUGAAUUUACAAUUGUCAACUAUCUUGUGAUAUCACUUUAACGUAUUCACAGAGCGGCUCGAUUUGCUAUGUAUUAGACCUAUAAAAUAGCGUCCUGUGUCAUCAAAUAUUUUAUAACACGACAAUCGUCAGAUAGUCGUCUCAUUUUUAUUGCCUAUUUCCCUUGAAGCGAUGAAAACAUUUUCCAUCUUCAGUGAAAUCAGAAACAAUUAAUUCAGGUAUCUGUCAUUGAGGUGUUGUUGGCCCAAGAAAACAAGAAACUCCUUCACAGUUUCAAUCUAAGUGUUCACUAUAUUGAUGCUGCCUAUCAAAGAAUGAGAUAUUCAAUCUACAACUUUGCUAGUAAACACCAACGUGUUACCACCAUAUGUCUUCUGUUAUUCUGCUUGCUUGCUGGAUACCACUUACUUCAACCAAUUCUUAACUAUAAUUUGGAAUCCAAAUCCAAAAAAGAAGAGAAGUCAAUUAAAAAUCAAAGAGAUGUCUUCAAUGAAAUAAAUUUACUUAAGAACAAAAUCAGUGAAUUAGAGAUUAGUUUGGAACAAGCAGAAUUCAGAGUUCCAAAGACUUUUCCUAAUAUAAAAUUUUUAAACUACAAGGACAGGAAAAGAAUUCUAGUAACUGGAGGAGCUGGAUUUGUUGGUUCCCACCUGGUUGAUUACCUCAUGAGAGAAGGACAUGAAGUUAUUGUUGUCGACAAUUUUUUUACUGGACGAAAGAGAAAUGUCGAACAUUGGAUCGGGCACGGAAAUUUCGAACUCAUCCAUCACGAUAUAGUCAACCCAUUGCUCAUUGAAGUUGAUGAAAUUUACCAUUUAGCGUCACCAGCCAGCCCUCCACAUUAUAUGCUCAAUCCAGUGAAAACUAUUAAAACCAAUACUGUUGGUACUAUAAAUAUGUUAGGUUUAGCCAGACGUGUAAACGCCAGAAUACUUAUUGCAAGUACCUCAGAAGUCUACGGUGAUCCAGAAAUUCAUCCUCAGUCUGAGUCUUACUGGGGCCACGUGAAUCCUAUAGGUCCUAGAGCUUGUUAUGAUGAGGGAAAACGGGUAGCAGAGACUUUAAGCUAUGCUUAUGCCAAACAAGAAAAAGUACAAGUCAGAGUUGCCCGUAUUUUUAAUACCUAUGGACCUAGAAUGCACAUGAACGAUGGAAGAGUAGUCUCGAACUUUAUACUGCAAGCAUUACAAAACGAAAGCAUAACUAUUUACGGCCACGGAAAACAAACUCGCUCUUUUCAAUACGUAUCGGAUUUAGUAGAUGGCCUUGUUGCUUUGAUGAAUUCAUCGUACACAUUGCCGAUUAACUUGGGCAACCCCGUCGAACACACUAUCGAUGAAUUUGCACAGAUAAUAAAAUCUAUCGUCAACGGUGCGGAUAGCUCGAUACGUUAUCUUCCUGCAGUUGAAGAUGAUCCCCAAAGGAGAAGACCUGAUAUCACUAGAGCUAAAAAAUAUUUAAACUGGGAACCAAAGAUUUCACUGGAUGCUGGACUACGAAAGGCUGUCGAGUACUUCCGGCGCGAGAUUCUACGAUCUUCAAUGCCGAUCUUUCCGAAGGUAUCUCCGAGAAAUAGUGACAAAGAAUUAUGGUAACUGUAUACAAACCAUAAAACACACACUGAUGCAUGAUGCCGAGUGUUUUUUUUUUUUUUUUUACUGAGAGACUCGAAUAUGUUGAUUUUGUUUGUAUUAACAGAAAUAUAAGUAAGUUAAUUUGAA